UUGACAAAAUAUAAAAAUAAUCUUGUGUCAGUCAAUCAAUCAGAUCCGAAAAAUAGAGAAAAUGUCUGGUGUUUGCCAGGUCGCGCGAACCCAAGACUUGCCCCCUCCGGGGGGCUAUGCACCAAUUCCUUACAAAAGAAUACCCGCAAAAAAAUACUUUAGUGGAUAUUUUAUGUUUGCGGGCUACCUUGGCAUGACCUUUGGCAGUCUGUACUUAUACAGUUUGAACUAUAAGCAAAUCAAGCGCGAUGAGAUUGAGAUGCGGUCGGCCAAGAUGGCUAUAUACCCGAUGCUCCUGGCCGAGAGAGAUCGGGAAUACCUGAAGCAACUCCGCAGGAACAGAGAUGCCGAGGCUGAACUCAUGCGGGAUGUUCCCGGAUGGGAGGUGGGCACCUGGUAUGGAGAACCUGUUUACAAGCUGGUCCCCAGAGAUAAGCUGGUGGAACCCAUCUUCCAUGAGUACUACGCUCACAGCGACCCCAAAGAGUGGUUCAAGAGGACUGAUAUUAAGAUGUGGUCUUAAAUUACUCUUUUUGUAUCCUGAUUACCCUCUGGAAGACUCAUGUGAUAUGUGCCUGUUAUUAACUACCCAUCAUUCUAUACAGCUGGAAUGAAAGCUAUUGAACUGCAAAAAUGCAAGAAAUCAGGCAUAUUUUUUUUAAAAUAAACCUGUACCUAAAAUUGUGGGUAGUCAGAAGAAAAAAUUAUUAAAAGGUCAGGGUGUCAGGGCUAAUAGCGAAAUUCAGUUUCUAGUGUAUUCAAGAUAUUUCUGCUGUCACUUGAGGUGUUAGAAUGUUGUAUCCCGCUUAUUUAUGUAGUUAAUAAAAAUAUACAAUUACAUUUAUUA